AUGGAAAACUACCUCAAGGUCUAUCACUAUGUAACUGCUAUGCAGCUAUUUGCAAAGUGGGCAGAGAAUAGCAGUAAACAGGCCUGUGGAAUUCUGUUCCUGAGACAGGAGCAACCAUCAGAGUGGAGAGGCAGCUGGGUUCUAACAGGACAGCCAGGGGAGGGAGCAAGCGCUGGAGACUGUCUGCAGGCUGUAGAAGGUGCAGCCCACAAUGUUUCUUGUCACUUGUUUAAUGAGAUCCUUUCUCUCCUGUUUUGUACCUCCCUGCUCCCACCUCACUCAUCAGCUGACCACGUUGGGGCCUAUGGCAUAAAUGUCUACCACUCCUACGGUUCCUCGGGCCAGUACACCCAUGAAUUUGAUGGAGACGAGGAGUUCUACGUGGACUUGGACAAGAGGGAGACUGUUUGCUGGCUGUCUGGGUUCAGUGAAUUUAAAUAUUUUGACAUUCAGACUGCACUGAUAAACAUGGCUAUAUUCAAAUACAACCUGGACCUCCUGAUUAAACGCUCCAACUAUACCGCUGCUCCCAAUAAGGUUCCUGAGGUGACUGUGUUUCCCAAGGCUCCCGUGGAGCUGGGCCAGCCCAACACCCUCAUCUGUGCCGUGGACAACAUCUUCCCUCCUGUGAUCAACAUCUCGUGGCUGAGCAACGGGCACUCAGUCACGCAGGGUGUUUCUGAAACCAGCUUCCUGUCCAAGAGUGAUGAUUCCUUCCUCAAGUUCAGUUACCUCACCUUCCUCCCUUCUGCUGACGACGUCUAUGACUGCAAGGUGGAGCACUGGGGGCUGGACCAGCCCCUCCUGAGGCACUGGGGUGGGUAUGAGCCCUGCCUCGACCUGCACAGCAAUUCAGGAUAACCUGCGGGAAGGCCAAUGACACACAAUGAAUACACUGUAUAAGAAAUAUGGAUUUUGAAGGCAUUAGGGGACCAGGGGGAAACCUCUUUGCAAGAAGAGGAACCACAAGUCUGAGUCCUGCCUGCUUUUUAUUCAGUUUGAUUACACAUUUGCCUUUAGCAAUGCAUGCAGGCAAAUCAAAGGUAAAGUCUGGUAAACAAUAUAAAGAUGAUCAGGUCAGGAAAUCUCCCCGAGCCAUGGCCAUCACAGCA